AACAUGACCAACAUGACCCCCUUCAAGGCGUUGCCGACUGAACUCCUCAUCGAAAUAUUCUCAUUAGUCCCAGGAACAGACGACCCACUGGUCGCUAUAACACUCGCUAGUGUAUCUGCUCGCUGGAGGGAAGUUGUUUUGUCGUCUCCGACAAUUUGGCAAAGUAUCUUCCUAGACAACAGUCGACCCAUAUCGGCUUCUACUUUCCAAAUACUACUGUGGCUCCGUCAUUCUAACCCACUCCAAUUUGAUGUCCACCUCACCACCUCCGAUUCAACGUCAAUAUUACCCCUGCUAUCCCCGCUUUUAGACCCAGAACGGAGGAUGCGAUGGCGGUAUUUUUCCUUGCGGGGUCCGGGAACACGUGAAGAGCAUUUCGACUUAUCUGGCUAUUCAGCCGCCCCAUUCGACAUCCUCCGGUUCUGCAUCCAAGAUACCUCGAAUGUUGACUGGAGCCCGAGCUAUAUGCGGACAUUCACGCCCGGGAACGAGAGCUGUGGCCAUUUUGCAAUGAAUAUAUGGGCUCCUGAACUUUGGGUGCCAUCCCCCUCAGUGAUACUCCCAUUCCCUGCUAUCACAAUCGCAGAAGUCACCAUUCCCACCCAGCCCCACCUGCUGCUCCAGUUUCUCUCAGCGUGUCCCUAUCUCGAUGCAUUCUCGCUUGCUGGCCGGCUGCAUCACGACAACAGGCCGACACUCCCACUGCCCGUGAUCCGCCUUCCCCACCUGCGCACUCUCCGUCUAGUAAGCACUUGCAUUACGCGGUCAUUUUUAUCCUCUAUCGACGCCCCUUCUCUCAAUGCACUAUAUCUUGGCCAACUGAACGUUGAUUUCGAGCUCAAUAACCGGCCAGCUGAGCCAGAAGAUGGCGACAGCGACGACGAAGCGCAAGACUUUUCCCCGUUCCCAUUCAAGCGACCAUGCAACUGGGGUAGGCCUUCGGCGCCUGUUGCUGAGAUCCAGCCCGCCAUUGAAAACGCUCAUUAUGGACUGGAGCGAUAUGCGCACGAAAGACUUCGCCUUCGCUUUCUCUCACCUGCAGCACCUAGAAGACUUCUCCAUCGAGGCAUCUGA